GGCGCAGAGGGCGAUGGCGGCUGGCGCGCCGACACCGCGGGAGGAGUCGGAGCGGUCGCUGGUGCUGGCGCGCUCGCAGGAAAUGAAGCUGCUGGAGGAGGAGAAGCGCCGCCUGGAGGACAUGCGCAACGCCAGCCGCCUCCGCUACGCAGCCGCCGUGCCCCUGCCACCUGACGCCGGGAUGGGCGCGCCCCUGCGUGCCGGUGAGUAGACCAUGCCUCCACGACGUGUUUCUUAUUCAUCUAGUUCCCUGACUGUCUGAUACUGCAUCCUGACUGUCUGAUUCUGCAUGACGUGGUCCUGUUCGCAGACACUGGCUUGCCCAUGCUCAGCGGUGACUACAUUAUGCCCCCCCCUACCAGAUUUCCUUUUUUUGGCCUUCAUUCUGUGACUCUGUGACACUGUGUGUCGUGCCUCUGCCGCCCAAUACCGGCUUGUUUGCCCCUGCUUGGCGGUGAGCAGAUCUUGCACCUGCCGCGGUGUCUUUUGUGGGUUUGAAAAACUCUGGGGCCAGAUUUCUGGGCGAGCUGCGGUUACCGGACGUCAGCUGGGCAGCGCCGUCUCCCACAAAGCUGCCGCUGGACGGUGCAGCUGCGCAGCCAGAGGAGGAGGAGGACGCUGUGCUGGUUCUGAGCAGCGACGACGAGGAGGAAGAAGAGGAGGAGCAGGAGCAGGAAGACGAGCAAGAGGAGGUCGUCACGGAGGAGGAGGAGUCUCUGAGUGCGGCGCUGAGCGAGGUGGCAGUCAGGGACCUGGGGGAAGAAGUCAGCCAGGAGCGGCGGCUCACCAAGACGCAGCGCC